UCUUCUUUCUCUUAUAUCAUAUCUAUCUCUAAUCUAAGCCAGCCGAGCCACCUGUGAGUUCCUCAUCGCCAAACACUGAGCAUCGCCGCACAUUCUCGCACAGUCGCCCAUCUGCUUCUCCUACAGCCGCCUGAAGAAAGCUCCUGCGCGCCGUAACCCUUCGUGUUCAGUUUCAGAUUACAGCAGCUAAAAAUGAAGGGAAGUUUUGCUGAAAAGCUUUACUCAGAAAGCUUAAAGUUAUCAAAAAUAGAAUUGGAUUCUACUUCAAGUGCACAAAAUCAAGUUUUGGAUUCUCUAGAUUCUAAUCAGGAUGCUUCCUUGCUUGAUGAUGAUUCUUCAUGGAAUGGUUCUGAUGUGGAAUUGGAUAAAUCAUCUGAUCUGGACAGGGAAUGGCAACGGCGACGUGACCAAUUUCAUACGAUUGGAUAUCGAGAUGGUGUUAUAGCUGGAAAAGAAGCGGCUGCACAAGAGGGCUUCAAUAUUGGAUUUAAGCAUUCUGUUUCUGUUGGAUACAACUGGGGGGUUGGUAGAGGGGUUACCAGUGCGCUGGCCUUACUUCCAGAAGGAUUAAAGGAAAAAUUGGUUGAAACUGAAGAAAAGAGAACCCAAUUUCAGAAAUUGUAUAAAUCAGUGCAAUCUCUUUCAACCAACGAUGCUCUUAAACUGUUUAAUGAUACUGUUGUGGCUAAAAGAAAUACAGAAGAGGUUGGAAAUGCUGAGAUUAGUUCAACAGAGCAAUGUUCAGACCGAAAUCAGCUAGAAAGAUACUAUAAAGAGCUUCAAUCACUUCUUUUGGGAUCUCCUUCAAUCAAUGUACAGUUAAGGGAGUAAGGUACCAUUCCCAUGAGAAAGGUACUCUUUUUUUGUGUUCUUUAUUUGAGUUUGUGGGUUGUACUGAAAUGGGGAAUAUAGAAAUGUCUAUUAACUUUUGUUCAUGGAUUUAUUUUCUCAUUCUACCAGUUUCUGCAGAAAAGUAAUCCUAUUUAUAUGAUUUUUGGUUUAUGGGGUUACUUUUGAGGGAGAAUUUUCUCCUCUUCUCUAUGUAAUUUUCACAAUAAUGUAUAGUUUUUUUUUUCUUUUAUAAAAGAAAAAAAAAUGAAAGGAUGGAAGAAGAGGUUGUUAUGAAUGUUCCCUAACCAACCUCUUUGCCAUUAAGUGAAA